AUGUUGCCCAAGGCCUGGCUGUCGGUUUUUGUCCUCACUGUCGCAUCGUCGGCCUUUACGCUGGAGGAUCUUCACAUGGACGGCAUCAAUCAGUACAUCCACCAGGGCAAGAGGCAAGACGCCGAAGGCACCGGCGCCUCUUCAGCAUCUGCCGCUGCCGCAACGUCAUCAGCUGCACCGCCAGCUUCAUCCGCCGCCCCUCCUGCCACAUCGUCAGCCGCGCCACCAGCGACGUCAGCGACUCCUCAGCCAGAACCUUCAACCACGAACAAUCCAGCACCUUCCGAUGACCCCACAUCUGACGCUCCUCCGGCUUCGACUCCUGCAGCAACACCAACUACCGAUGGCGGUAACAACAAUAACAACAACAAUAGCAACAAUAACAACGACAACACCCGAACCGCUGGUAACUCAGCAACCCCUACCCGGGAGGCCAGCUCUUCCUUAAGGACAACAGCGGUUGUCAGGACUACACCUCUCGUUUCAACUUCCCUUUCAGAGUACACCAGGACCGUCACCUCGACUCUCGAGAAUGGCCAAGUAACCACCGCAACCUCGACAGGCACCAGCACUUCCCUUGCCACCACUGGGCAAGCCGUUGUCACAGACCCACCUACUGCACAGGCAGGCGACAGCGACAAUGGCGGUGGCAUCAGCGAUUCCAACAAGAAGGUCAUUGGAGGCGUUGUCGGUGGUGUAGGCGGUGCCCUCCUCCUCGGUGGUAUUGCUCUCGUCUUCUGGCGCAUGAAGAAGCGUCAAGCGCGUGUCCACGAAGACGACGAUGACCUCAUGGCCGGCACUGGCUCAGCCCUUGGUGACAAGCCACAGAACGGCACUGGAUCGUCGCCCUUCCAGUCGAACCUCGAGCAAUACCACAACCCUGGAGGACGCCCCAAUGCGGCUGCUAACUUCUAGGCGAAGCGCAGCCCGCAAAAAGUACAUAGGCCUGUUGCGAGGGUCCGUUAUGAUACCAACGACUAUCUGCGGAAUUUGUCUGAACUGGAAACGAUUUUGAGAGACGAGAGCAAUAUGGAGCUUGUACAUACGGCGCAAACACGGCUUUAACAGUCGGAUCUGGAGGUGGUGCUUUUAUUACUGAAUAUGGUUUGCGUGAGUAUGGUACAUCACAGGUGCUGAUUCGCGAUGCAGAUUAGUGUAUACCGUCGCAUCGUGGUCAGUCUGUACAAGAUUGCACACAUGUAAAUUAGACGUAUACCAUCAAUUCAGGAAGAGAUAGCUGGCCACU